CCAGGACCCUGGGAGCAUGACCUGAGCUGAAGACAGAGGCUUUAACCCACUGAGCCACCCAGGCACCCCUACAUGUAUGUGACAAACAUUCUAAAGCACAAAUACAACACUUUUAAUCCCAAGCCCUAGAAAUAGUUUCCGUCCCAUUCUGCUUCGGUCUCACAGCAAUGUACGUCACUAAAAAGUGUGACAGGAUCUGCUCUGGACUUGGAACAACAGGGCAAUAGUGGCCCAACAGGGAGGGUACUUUCUUGGGGGUGAGUGGAUGUGGGGAGGCCCAGAAGGACAUACUCAUGAGGGAUGUCCAGGAUGGGGCAUAGCUACGAAAUAUGUGGGAGGAUCCAUCCAGGGGAUUUAAUGACCUAUUGAAUGUGGCCUUGAGGAAGAAGAGAAAUAAGAUUUCCCUGGGGUUUUUCUGAGUCUUUUUCUUGCUUGGGCAAGUGUAGCGUUAUACAGAAUGGUUUUACUACCCUUAAAGUCCUCUCUGCUCUGCCUGUCCAUCCCUCCCUCUCCCCAGGUCAUAGCAUGGAGUUCAUUAUUACAUUGGAAUGUAUUGCAUUUAAGGAUCCUGGAGUGUAGAAGUCAGUGGUGGUCAAAUUUUAAUUUAAAAAAAAAAUUUUUUUUUUUUUUAAGUCAACAGGGCCCUUUUAUCAAAGAAGCCUCAUUAAGUAAAGCUGAAUGAAGAGGGCUGCUUUGGUGGAUGGUGGCAUCUGCAGAGGGACAGAGUCGAGAGCUUUGCCCUCCCCCGGAGUCCAGCUCUGCCCUGCUGUCUUGCUGCUGCGUCUGACCGAGUCUCUCUGCGGUCUCCAGAUUUCUGAAGAACACCGUUUACAAAUUGCUCGAGUUGGCCAGGCCCUUGUAGGGCCUGGGAGAAAGUCAACCGAGUUCCCAAGCUGAACCGGUCAGUUACUUCCAGAAGAAAAGAAAGACCUAUGACAUCCCUGGAGAGUUUGUACCUAUGACAUCCCUGGAGAGUUGCUUGCUACAUUCUUCCCUCAGGCCCUGCAGGCAAUAACGGGCCGUCUCUCCAGUUCCGUUGGCCCUGGACACCUGCAGUUCCCCUCUUAUGCACUCCAGCACCCCCAUCAGCUCCCUCUUCUCCUUCACCAGCCCAGCAGUGAAGAGACUGCUAGGCUGGAAGCAAGGAGAUGAAGAGGAAAAGUGGGCAGAGAAGGCGGUAGACUCCUUAGUGAAGAAAUUGAAGAAGAAGAAAGGAGCCAUGGAUGAGCUGGAGAGGGCCCUCAGCUGUCCAGGGCAGCCCAGCAAAUGUGUGACAAUUCCCCGGUCUCUGGAUGGGCGGCUGCAGGUGUCCCACCGCAAGGGUUUGCCCCAUGUUAUUUACUGCCGCGUGUGGCGCUGGCCUGAUCUCCAGUCCCAUCACGAGCUGAAGCCGCUGGAGUGCUGUGAGUUCCCAUUUGGCUCCAAGCAGAAAGAGGUGUGCAUUAACCCCUAUCACUACCGCCGGGUGGAGACUCCAGUGCUGCCUCCCGUCCUCGUGCCAAGGCACAGUGAAUAUAACCCCCAGCUCAGCCUUCUGGCCAAGUUCCGCAGUGCCUCCCUCCACAGUGAGCCUCUCAUGCCGCACAACGCCACCUAUCCGGACUCUUUCCAGCAGCCUCCCUGCUCGGCCUUCCCUCCCUCUCCGGGACCUGGGCACGUGUUCACACAGUCCCCGUGCACCGCUGGCUACCCUCACUCCCCAGAGAGUCCCUCGGAGCCAGAGAGCCCCUAUCAACACUCAGUUGACACACCACCUCCACCUUAUCGGACCCAGAAUGGCCGACCCGUGGAUGCCACAGCUGAUAGUCAUUUAGUGCUGUCAGUGCCUAAUGAAGACUUCCGGCCAGUUUGCUACGAGGAGCCGCAGCACUGGUGCUCAGUUGCCUACUAUGAACUCAACAACCGAGUUGGGGAAACGUUCCAGGCCUCCUCCCGAAGCGUACUUAUAGAUGGAUUCACAGACCCUUCAAAUAACAGGAACAGAUUCUGUCUCGGACUUCUUUCUAAUGUAAACAGAAACUCAACAAUAGAAAACACCAGGAGACACAUAGGAAAGGGUGUGCAUUUAUACUACGUCGGGGGCGAGGUGUACGCCGAGUGUGUGAGCGACAGCAGCAUCUUCGUACAGAGCCGGAACUGCAACUAUCAGCACGGCUUCCACCCAGCCACCGUGUGCAAGAUCCCCAGCGGCUGCAGCCUCAAGAUCUUCAACAACCAGCUCUUCGCUCAGCUGCUGGCGCAGUCGGUUCACCACGGAUUCGAAGUCGUCUACGAGUUAACCAAGAUGUGCACUAUCCGCAUGAGCUUUGUUAAGGGCUGGGGAGCUGAGUAUCAUCGCCAGGAUGUCACGAGUACCCCCUGCUGGAUUGAGAUUCAUCUUCAUGGACCGCUGCAGUGGUUGGACAAAGUUCUGACUCAGAUGGGCUCUCCACAUAACCCGAUUUCUUCAGUGUCUUAACAGCCGGUCAUGUCUUAAUCCACAGUUCUGUAGAGUAAAUGCUAUUGCAGGCAGUGGCUUAGAUACCAUUUCAGAUUUGCAACUAACUGAAGUUUCUAAGUACAUAAUGUAAAUACAUAUAAUAUAUACUCUUCAUUUUUUUUUUAUCACCAGUUAAUUUGCACUAGAAUUUCUAGUUAACCUGAUGCCCGCACAACGUGAUUAGGAAAGCAGGUUUUUCAUGCCAAUGCUGUAAUAAGAAGCAGCUUCUUUUGUGGGAGGAAACAAAGGAAAAGCAACCGUGUCGAUAGAAUUUGAAAAAUGUUGGCAGAAAAAAAGGCAGCGUUAGUCAGCCAUGUCAUUAUAAGGUAUGUUGUGUGGCCUAUCAGAAAAAUAUCGAAAUUGUAUCUUACAAAUUGGGGUACGAGCAGCACCAGAGCAAGUGACGCUUUCAGACAAAAGAAAGCAGUCAAACCCAUAGCAUUUAAACAAUCUCACUUUUAGUGCUGUUGUCAAGAAGGGGGACAGAAAAACACCAAGCUUGUAAAAUUAGUUUUGUAAGAUAAUUCACGUAAAUUAUUUCCCAAGUUGAAAUACCUAUAGCUGAACUAUGGUGCUGAUAUUAAUGGUACAUUUGAAACAAAUUUAAACUGUGAUUGGAAAAGAGACUGUGAAGCUGGGAAGUCAUGUUGCCUCAUGAUCCACCACUAUUAAGAAGAAAAUAAUGAGUCUAAUACCUGGGAAUAUUCAUAUGAAAAUGACAUGAAAUGAGCUAUAUUCCCAAAUUGCAAAGUAAGACCAGAACUUAGUCCAAGAAUCACCCAGGAAGACUCUUGCUUUCCACAUUGGAAAUCGGGCUCCUGUUUUCCUGGUUAUUCCACUCAAGCAGUCUGGCAGACAUCUGAGUCUGCCCAGUGAGCUAGAGGACUUUGUGUGUAAAUUCGAGGUGGGGAAGAAGCAGUAAAGGAAGAGGGUUGGGCGAAAGCAUUGGAUGUUUUCUCACACCUUCUCACAUUCCCAUUAGAAGACUUCAUGGCAAGGGCACUCCUUUUGCCUACAUGUUGGCACAUACUAUUUACAGAUGACUAAAACGGUGGUGAAGCCUUUGAGAGAAUCUGGACACAUUGCUGGAGUCACAUUUAUGGGUUACGUAACUUGGUGUCUCGAUCUGCUGGUCAUGGCUGUUAGCCUCUUACAAAGCUGAAGCCUCAUACCUGGAAAUAACUUCCCCAGUAGAAUAAUAAUUUCAUAACCCCUGUAAUUUCUGGGGAACAGUGGUACUGAAGAAAGGAACAUUUAAAAAAUAGAUAUAUAUGGUAUUAAAAACCUGUUCUUAUUUACUCUCAGAUGAUAAAGAGAGGAGAGGAAAAUUCCCCACAUUUCUAGGUACUUUCAUAUAAAAUAUAUAUAUAUGUAUAUAUAUACACAUAUAUAAUGUAUAUAUAUAUAAUUCCCACCCACUAAACACUGCAUUGCUUCAAAAAAUAUUUCACACCCUCUUAAAAAAUGUAUAAUUUAAGAAGGUAAUUAUGCUUGUAACAGACGGUACUUCAGUAAUCCAAGAGGUUUCUUCAUUUAUGCAUUCUGUCAACUCUUUUUAGCUUUAGCGCACACAAUAGUUGCUUCUCAUUAAAUCGUAUUCAAGGUAGAAAUGAUCCUGUGAAAAAGAAUAUGCGAGUGAGCUGCUACUGUCACCUCUUGUAAGAGUUAGUGUUAUCUAAUAGAAACUUUCAUAUACGCAAUAGAAAACAGUACAUUCUACGUUAAAACUAGGUGGUCCAUUUAGUGUUUAGAAAACCCCGUAGUUCCUUGGUUCAACAACUAUGUAUUGUGCCCCUGUAUGGGCCGGGUACAGUGUUGGGUAACUGUGGAAUCAGAUGCAAACCAGAAGCAGCCCUAGGCUCUGGAGCUAAGAGUCUGUUAGGAAACCUGUGUAGACAUCUUCAUGUUUCAUGACUUUUAAAACACAACAAAACCUAUGAUCUUUCCUUUGCUCAGAAAGAUGUAACUCCUUUCUUAAUUAUUUCUGUUUUGAAACUUAGUUCCCUUCUCUUCUGAGCAAUCAGGUAAGAGAUGAAGUCUUCCUUGGAGAAAUGCUACUUUUCUUCCGUGCCCCAAAGUUGUUUGUUUUCUCCCCUGACUUCCCUGUUUUCCAGGUUUUUCCCUUUUCCUCUUUUCUUGGAAAAGGCAUUAAUACAGUGAGUCUUCCUCACAUGAGUACAGCUCUGUGAGAGCAUAAGGACACAUGAUUUUUCUCAAGAGGGCGAACAUAGCUUUCUUGAUCUCUUCACAAAUGCUCAAACUCAUCCUCUGGUAGCAAUAACCUUAUACCUUUGCAGAAUUAAUCAUAACUGGUUGCUUAUAAAUUACAUUUAAAAAGUUAAGUAACCUGGAUGGCCAUGCAGGUUUGGUAAAACCAGGACAAAAUAUUUCAGGAAGCCUGUGCUCAUCCUUUGAAAAACAAAUGAUUAAAGUGGUACAUUUGCAUCAUCACUGGUCCUGUCUCUCCAAAAAUCCAUAUUCGGAUAGGAGUGAAAUUCAGAAAAGUUAAUCCUUUGGUCACCAAAAGGUAACUAGUCACCUUCUCAUCAGCCUUUGAACGUUUUUGGAAUUGCCCAAAGUUGUAAUGUACCUUUUUUUUUUCAGACUUCCAAGUUUGCUCGUGUUGUAGCAUUCGUUCCUUGAGAUGGACAGUCCCCCCAAAAAUGUGAUAGCAUUCUUUUAGAGGAUAACUAGCAAAGGGGACGUGCUAAGACAUUUAAAGGCACCAACCACGCCACACAUUUUUAAGGUUGCCAUGGACAAGGGUCGUGCAGUAGAGAACAAUGUUUUGGCCUGCUCUGGAGACCCAGAACAUUUACUGUGUUGUUCCAGCCUGUUUUCUAUUCUUUUCCUGUUUAAAAAUUGAGAUAUGAGAAGUUUGUUUUAGUUGGAUGAUAUUUUACUAUCUGCCAGUGUUUUGGAACUGUAAAGAUGUCAUUUUUCAACAGUUACCUUUUUUAUUUUUAUGUUUUUUUUUAGCAUUCAGUAUAAAUCAGGAAAAGUUGAACAACAAAAUAGCACUAGCACUUAGAAUCCCUUUUUCAUUUUCUUCUAAGGGAUUAAAUGCAACAACAAAAACAUUUUAUAAACAUCACCUGUAGACUUUAAGCACUUGUUUAAUUUUGAAUAUGUCCUGAGUAUUUGGAUAUAUGUAUUCAACAACUAAAGCAAACUAUAACGUGCAUUCCAAAUUUGUCUUCCCCUGUUAGGAUUUUAGCAGUUGAACCGUAUGACAAGACUGGAGGAUCCUGACAUAUGUUUAAAUUAAUGUAACACGAACUAACAAGAAACUAUUUCUGUUUAAGUAGUGCUUUUGUUGAUCAUAUCUAGGCUUCAAUUAUCCUUCAAAUGCACACUCAUACUGUUAUGUCAUUGUUUAUAAUAAACAAUACUGUACCUAUC